UUAAUCGUACUUCGUAUUGCCCGUAUUCGUCGUUUUAGAAAUGACUUUCUUGUGAUUCCUUCUCAAUUCUUCGAAUGCGAAUGUCCCUCCUACGCUACUUGUCUUUCGUAGACAGCAACCAGUGUUUUGUUCAGACAUUGUUCGAGAUAAUAUACGUAUCGCAUUGUCAGGACCGUCAGGACAUGUUACAAUGAUGCCGAUAAAGGAUAACCAGGAUGUGGCGUGCUUUCUGGUCACCAAACACUCAUGGAAGGGGAAGUACAAACGUAUUUUUUCAAUUGGAUCCAUGGGUAUAACAACAUAUAAUCCGACCACAUUAGAAGUCACAAACAAAUGGGAAUACUCGGACUUUAUAAGCGUACAACCAACAAAUAGAAAUCAGUUGGGUUCACAUGAGUUUAGUAUAACAAUGCGUAAAGAACGUAAAGUUGACAAUAUGAAAUUUAGUUCAGAAUAUAGAGCUGACUUAUUAACUGAAGCUCUUAAGUAUAGGAAUCAAUUUGCUGAGAAACCUAAAGAAAUUUUGAGGUACCAAGCUUACAAACAUCAUUGGUCUGAUACGAGAUUACCCGUUGUAUUAGAAGUGACACCGUAUAGUCUUGACCAAUUAGAUCCAGCAACUAACAUGGUAUUAGCCAGUUAUUGUUAUAAAGAUUUCGAAGGGAUUGCUACAAUGAAAGAUUAUCCUAAUGGAUUUGUAAUUGUAUGUGGUGGAUUUGGACGUUUGCAUCUGUUUGCUUCUCAACAUAUGGAAGAAAUUAAAAAAAAGCUGCACGAAUCAGCUACAAAUAAUUUAGGUAUCACCAUAAAAGUUUUGAAAGAACCUAUCAAACUAGAUGAUUUUGUUGCUCAAAGACUGGGCAAGUUUAGCGGCGACGAACAUAUAACAAGUGUCUCGGAAUUCACUGUUCACAAAUAUUCAUCUAGACAUAUAGAACCACAAAGACGAACUCUUUGUCUUUCGGACACUUGUUUAUUGGAGAGAGAUCCUCAGACAUAUAAUGUUUGUACUCUUAGACCUUUAUCAGAUAUUUUUGCUUUAAUUCGUGAUAAUGAAAACCCACAACUGUUUACUAUACAAUAUCUUAAUGGCCAAACACGCAGUUACACUGCAACAGAUAGGGAUUCAUUAUUGGCAUCUUUAUUGGAUGGUGUUAGAGCAUCUGGAAAUAGGGAUGUUCAUGUGAGAAUGCGUCCAGUAGCUAGAGGAAAAAGACUUGGUCCUCUUAAUUUGCCAGUUGAGGAAGAGGUUGAAACAUCUCAUGUUAAAUUUGUACAGCAACCACCCAGUGGACGUACUUUUGCUGAAAUUCUGGAAAGAUUUAAUGCAAACAUUCCCUACAGUGGUCUGAAUUAUUCUGUGACCCAAGAUGGUCUCUUUACCGAAAAUAAGGAUAAAAUUAUUCUUGGUGCUUUAAAUACGUUGAUCAAUAAAGAAUUAGAAACAAAUGAUGAAAUAGAGGCACAGUUUCAUGCUUUGAGAAGAUUAGUUGCUAGUAAAAUUGGGUUUACUGCAUUCACAACACUUGUUGGAUUCAGAGAAGCAAUCGGGCACAAAGUUGUAAAAGCUUUGAAAAGACAAAAUUGUGGUAUAACACAGGUUGCUAUAGAUUGUAUCUGUGCUCUCAUGCAACCAAUGCACGAUGAUUGUGAUUUAAGACAGGAACAAUUGAAUAAAAGUAGUCUUCUCAGUAGUAACAAGUUCUUGGAAAGUUUACUUGAUAUGUGGAUCAAUCAUAUUCAUCAUGGUACAGGUGCUUUGGUAGUUUCUGCCAUGCUUGAUCUCUUGACUUUUGCCCUGUGUGUACCAUAUAGUGAAACAACUGAUGGUAAACAUUUCGACAACCUUCUAGAAAUGGUUGCUGCCCGAGGCAGGUCCCUUUUUAAGUUGUUUCAACAUCCAUCGUUAGCUGUUGUCAAAGGUGCUGGUUUAAUAAUGAGAGCAAUUAUCGAAGAGGGCGCACCGGAAGUUGCAGCAAAAAUGCAAGAACUUGCACUUGCCGAAGGAGCUUUACCGAGGCAUUUGUUGAAUAGCCUUUUCACCAUUGGCACCGAUGGUAGAUUGUUAACCCAUAGACAGUUAUGCAGGCAUCUUGUAGGACUUUGGGUUACAGGACAUCCUACCGCUAUGGGUCUAUUAAAGAGAAUCAUGCCUGUUGGUUUAUUAAAUUACUUAGACUCCGAUGAAAAAGUUCCCGAGUCGUUUCUUGAGAAAGAAAGAUUGAACAAUCGUGAUAAUUUGAAAAUAGCAAUAGAUCAUGCGUCUAGAAAUAAAAAGAACCCGCAGUGGAUUGCGAUCGAACGUCAAAUGCGUGUGGUGGAGAAACACGUUGAGCACGCGCUUCAACACUGGGGGGCCAGGAUUGGUAUCGAGCGCAAAGAAAAAUUUAAAGAACGACCGAUAGUGUUAAGGAAACGAAGGGAAAGAAUUAAAUCGGAAGCGAAUUGGAAUCUGUUCUACUAUAAAUUCAAUCAGGAUCAUUCACUGCCGAAUUUAAUUUGGAAUCAUAAAACACGGGAGGAGUUGAGAACAGCGCUGGAGAAUGAAAUUCGCGCAUUCGGUUCGGAUAAAGAUCUGGCUGGCGGGACACUAAUCGCCUGGAAUCAUAGAGAAUUCGAAGUGCAGUAUCAGUGCCUGUCCGACGAGGUGAAAAUUGGCGACUAUUACUUGAGAAUUCUGCUAGAAAAAGAUAGUCCGGACAGUCUAAUUAGAAAAUCGUAUGAAUUUUUCAAUGACCUGUAUCAUAGAUUCAUAUUAACAACAAAAGUUGAAAUGAAGUGCCUUUGCUUGCAAGCAAUGACUAUUGUAUAUGAACGAUAUUACGAAGAUAUUGGUCCAUUUUCGGAUACAAAAUAUAUUGUAGGAAUGCUGGAACGUUGUACGGACAGAAUGGAGCGUGAUAGGCUAGUCAUGUUUAUAAAUAAACUCAUAUUGCACAGAAGAAAUGUGAAAGAUAUAAUGGAUCAGAACGGUGUACGCACAUUAGUGGAUCUCUUAACGUUAGCUCAUUUACAUACGUCUCGAGCGGUCGUACCAACGCAAACUAAUGUAAUAGAGGCAGGUCCAUUGCAACAGCAAACUAUGGAGAAAGAAUGGUACUAUAAUGACGGGGAUCAACGAAAAGGCCCCAUAAGCCUGAAGGAUUUGAAAGAGUUAUAUUCGACGAAUCAAAUAACAUACAAAACUAAAGUUUGGGCACAAGGAUUGGAUGGGUGGCGAAUGAUUUCACAAGUGCCACAGUUAAAGUGGACAUUAGUCGCGAAAGGGACAGCAGUAAUAAAUGAAAGUGAAUUGGCAACGUUAAUACUAAAUAUUUUAAUCAAAAUGUGCGAAUAUUUUCCAAGUAGGGAUGUCGAUGAUGCGGUAAUCAGACCCUUACCGCGUAUGAGGCGCUUAUUGUCCGAUCUACAGUGCUUACCUCAUAUUGUACAGCUUUUAUUAACUUUUGAUCCGGUGUUAGUUGAGAAAGUAGCUACUUUGUUAUGUGAAAUAAUGCGGGAUAACGCAGACGUUUCGAAAAUCUAUCUUACUGGUGUCUUCUACUUUAUAUUAAUGUAUACUGGUUCUAACGUUUUACCGAUUGCAAGAUUUUUGCAACUAACACACACGAAACAAGCUUUCAGGAGCGAUGAUAACGUCUCUUCUGAUAUUAUGCAGCGCAGUAUUCUUGGGCAACUUUUGCCCGAUGCAAUGGUUAGUUAUUUAGAAAAUCAUGGUGCAGAAAGGUUCGCCCAAAUAUUCCUCGGUGAUUUCGAUACACCGGAAGCGAUUUGGAACGCUGAAAUGCGACGAAUGCUUAUUGAAAAAGUAGCGACACACAUCGCGGAUUUCUCUCCAAAAUUGAGAAGCCAUACCAUGGCGAGGUACCAGUACAUCGCUAUACCUGCGGUCAGAUAUCCACAAUUAGAAAAGGAAUUGUUCUGCCAAAUAUUUUAUCUACGGCAUCUUUGUGAUACUGUUAAGUUCCCGCAAUGGCCUAUACCCGAACCGGUACGACUAUUGAAAGAUGUAUUGGAUACAUGGAAGAAGGAAGUAGAAAAGAAACCACCACUGAUGACAGUGGACGAAGCGUAUAAGGUUCUUCAGUUAGCCAAUGGAAAACAGCACAAUGAGGCUGAAGUUAGAAAGUCCUACUAUAAACUUGCACAAAUGUAUCAUCCUGAUAAAAAUCCUCAAGGCAGAGAUAAAUUCGAAGCGGUCAAUCAAGCGUACGAGUUCUUGUGUAGUCGAAGUUGCUGGUCCACCGACGGUCCAAAUCCUGAUAAUAUAGUGCUUAUUCUGAGAACACAGAGCAUUCUUUUCCACAGAUAUUCCGACGAACUUAGACCGUACAAGUAUGCUGGUUAUCCUCAAUUAAUCAAAACGAUCAAAUUAGAAACCGAUGACGAACAAUUGUUCUCAAAGUCGGCACCGCUACUGGCCGCUGCUAGUGAACUAGCAUACCAUACAGUACACUGUUCUGCAUUGAACGCUGAGGAACUUCGUAGAGAGGGAGGAUUGGAUAUUCUGUUAGAAGCUUAUACACGAUGUGUUUCCGUCUUGAACAAAUCGAGCAAACCUAAUGAUAUUGCAGUGCAAGUCUGUAUGCAUAUUACUAAGUGCUUCUCGGUUGCUGGCUCGUUUAGGGGUUGCAAAGAUAGAAUUAUCGAACUACCACAACUGGUUAAAGAUCUCUGUAGAAUAUUACAUUUUAAGCAUUUAACAAAAUUAUGUUCAGUAGCCACAGAAUGCAUAUCUUCCCUUGCCACGGACAGUGUACUGCAAAUGCAAUUGUUACAGUCCGGUGCAUUGUGGCAUUUAUUGUUGUUUAUGUUCAAUUACGACUAUACGCUGGAGGAAGGUGGCGUUGAGAGAAACCAAGACGAAAAUCGUCAAGAGGUGGCAAAUAAUUUAGCCAAACUGGCUGUUCACGCAUGUGCCAGAUUAGGCGGGUAUAUGACGGGAGAAAAUGAAACGCCAGUCAAUCCUGUUACGAUUGCUGCUUUAGAAAGUCUAUUAACGCCCUAUCUAGCGCGACAACUUGAAAAGAACAAACCGGAAGAAAUAUUAAAGAUUCUGAAUUCGAAUUGCUCGAAUCCAUAUUUAAUUUGGGACAAUGGUACAAGAGCUGAAUUGAAUGAAUAUUUAGAAGGUAAACGGCAGGAAAGAUUAAAUGGAAGUGACAUCUUUGAGCAUGACUUUAGCGACUUCAAAUAUAGUGCUCACGCGAAUGAACUUAUUAUUGGGGAAAUAUUUGUAAAAGUAUAUAACGAACAACCCGUAUUUCCAAUCGAGAAUCCUAAAAGUUUUACGAUCAAUUUACUCGACUUUUUAUCCGAAGCAUGGAAGUAUUUGGCAUCAAUCGGAAAUGUACCAUUAGCUAAGAAGGAUCAAGAAAAACUAGAACAUAUUGUUAUGUCUCUGGAAGCUUUAAGAAAUGUGAUUAAGAAUAAUCCUGGAAUAGAAUUACAGUGCAUAGGGCAUUUCAGAUUAUUGUUUGGACUUUUAAGUUGUAAUAAUUUUAAACUGAUUCAGAAGAAUGCUUUAGAGGUGAUCAGCAAUGUUACAAAGAAUCAAGAGUGCGUGGACGAUAUCGCGGCCAAUGAAAUUAUCGUACAUUUAUUAUUGACAUUAAAUACUUUGAAAGACUAUCAGCUUCUCACACUAGAGACUUUGUAUGCUCUUAUGAGUUCUACUAAAAUCGUAAAAGAUGCGCUAUUGAAAGGAGCUGUUGUAUAUGUUCUCGAUCUGUUCUGCAAUUCAAGUAAUACUCAAAUACGCGAAACAGCUGCGGAACUGCUUGGUAAAAUGUCGUCCGAUAAGUUGGCUGGUCCGAAAGUAAAGUUAGACUUAUCGAAGUUCCUACCUAGAUUAUUCAGUGAAGCGAUUCGGGAUGCUCCUAAACAGUGUGUGCAUAUGUUUGAAACAAAACACGAAAAUCCUGAAUUAAUUUGGGAUGACGAUGCCAAAGCUAGAGUCUCGAGGAUUAUUUCUGAAUUAAAAGAUGAAUAUUACGCAUUGCAGAGGCGAAAUACCAAUGCAAUAUUGAAGUUACCCGAAGCUCAAAAUAAUAUUGACAUUGCAACAAAUGAGCCGGUAGUGGGAGGUGUAUAUCUUAGGUUAUUUAUCGCCAGUCCGGCAUGGGCUCUUAGGAAACCUAAAGAAUUUUUAAGCGAACUUAUGGAUUCAACAUUAACACUUAUGUCCAAAGAAAAAACUGAUCCGGACAUGUUGGAAUUAACGACCCAAGCACUAGUAUGUCUACUCCAAGCACAACCAACUUUAGCAGAUCAAGUUCCGUCGUUAGGUCACAUACCCAGACUUUGCCGACAAAUGGCAAUGCAAAAUAAUCAGCCAUCCGUGUAUAAAACUGCGAUAUUAAUACUUCAUCAAUUAGCAACCAGUGAAAUUUGUAUAUCAUCCAUUUGUCAAACGGAAUGCAUAAGUCCAUUGAAACAUGCUAUGCAAUCUAGACGAGAUAUGAUAGCUAUAGCGUGUGAGACUCUAAAUAGGUUAUUUUCAACUAAUGAAGAUAGACUUGUAAAACAGGCUCUGGAUGCUGAAAUGGUACCUUAUCUAUUAAAUAUACUAGAGGGACGGUUGGAUGCCAUUGAGAACCCUGCAACAACCAAAGCUCAAAUAGUUAAAGCUUUGAAAGCUAUGACUAGAAGUUUGUUGUUAGGAGAAAAAGUAAAUGCUAUAUUAGAAAAAUCGAGUGUCUGGGCAGAAUAUAAAGAUCAACGACAUGAUCUGUUCAUCUCUAAUACUGCUAAUUCUGGUUACCUUACCGCUGGAACGCCGGUGUCUGCUGGGUAUUUAACGGCUGGUCCAAGUACCACAUUAACCACCGGCCCACCACCAGUUGACAAAGAGGAUAGUUUAAUCAACAGGAACGAUAAUAUCUGAUAUAGGUAGCAUUGCAAAUGAACACGAGGGACAGUAAGAAUGCCGAUCCUGAAAUUCCUAUCGGUAAAUUCUACCGAUGUAAAGACUACAUUGCCUGUGAUUUUCGGCUCCUUAUGCUAAGGAAUUUAUCAAUCGAAUGUUUUUGUUAAAUUUACAUUUAUAUUAAGAUUAUUAUGGAUAUAUAUAUAAAUAUAUAUACAAUAUACACGGUGCCCCAUUUGAACCUUUA